CUUGUUCAUAUGGUAAAAAAAAUGGAAAAGGAGAAAAGCAAAUUGAUAGAAGAGAUGGAGAGGGAGACGCUAAACGGUGCGUAUAAUGGGAGAGUGAUGACGGAGGAGCAGAUGGAGAUCCUCCGUAAGCAGAUCGCCGUUUACGCCGUUAUUUGUGACCAGCUCGUCCUCCUCCACAACUCUCUCUCUUCUUUCAGUCCCCUCUCAUCAGGAAUGAGGCCAAUGGUUGGUGGAUACUUUGAUCCGAUGGGGACGUCGUCAAGUUCUCAUAGGAUAUCGACUAGGCAUCGGUGGACUCCGACUUCAACACAGCUUCAGAUACUUGAGAGCAUUUACGAGGAAGGAAGUGGAACACCGAAUCGACGGAGGAUUAGAGAGAUUGCAACGGAGCUGUCUGAACAUGGACAGAUCACGGAGACAAAUGUCUACAAUUGGUUUCAGAACCGGCGUGCUAGGUCCAAACGAAAGCAGCCUCAAACGACCACGGCUGAUGGUCCGGCUGACGAUUUGGCGGUGACAACGGAGGAAAGGAGGAGUUGUGGAGAUUCAGGAGGAUUAGAGUCUUAUGAGCAUCUACUCUUCCCAAGUCCUGAUUUAGGAGAAGACAAAGUGGUGAAAGAGGAGAUGGAGCAAGAGAGCCUAAACGGUACGUUUGAUGGUAGAGUAAUGACGGAGGAGCAAAUGGAGACUCUCCGUAAGCAAAUCGCCAUUUACGCAGUUCUUUGUGACCAGCUCGUCUUCCUCCACAACUCUCUUUCUUCUGUCCCUCUUCUCUCAUCAGGACUGAGUUCAAUGGGAGGCGGAUACUUUGAUCCGAUGGUGGCAUCGUCAAGCGCUCAGGGAAUGUCGACUCGGCAUCGAUGGACUCCAACGUCAAUGCAACUUCAGAUUCUCGAGAACAUUUACAAGGAAGGAAGUGGAACACCAAAUCCGCGGAGGAUUAAAGAGAUCACGAUGGAACUGUCUGAACAUGGAGAAAUCACGGAGAAAAGUGUCUACAAUUGGUUUCAAAACCGACGAGCUCGGUCCAAACGAAAGCAACCUCAGACAACGACAAUUACCUCUGGUCAGGCGGAUGAUGCGGCCGUGACAACAACUGAUGAGAGAGAGAGUUGUGGAGGAGAUUCUGGAGCGUUUGAGUCUUAUGAGCAUAUACUUUUUCCGAGUCCUGAUUUAGGGAUUGAGCAUUUGCUGAAUAGGGACAAGUUUAUAGACUGAGAGUGAAACAAAGAUGAAGACCUCUCCUCCCUCUGUUUUUCUUUGGUUUUCUCAAUAAAUUGAUAUCACCGUG